AAACUUAUCACACCAGCGGAAACUGUUGUUCCCGUCCUCGGUUAUGACAAGUGCAGCUCCAAAUGAAAGGAUGAAUUCCAUUUACGUCCUCGCCGCGCUUAAUGGCGCAAACCUAAUUUUCUUCUUUGUCGGAAUCUCUCUCUCGCGUAGCUUCGCAACGCCAUCGGGUUGUGAUUAUCGUGUGAAGCGGUGCGUGAAACCGGAAGUAUUUAAAAUUUCGUGAUUAACGUGCGUCAUUACGCGGUGUCCGCGGCGUGUUUGCUCUUGAAAUAAGAUACAUCUUCCUAAUUGUCUCGGAAUAAAAGUAGAUUCUUCGUUGUGCGUGAAUUGCGUACAUGCAUAUGCGUGCCUUACACUUGUGUGAAGAUGAAGUGUUCUUCGAUGUUAUUGUUGUUAUUAGCUUUCUUUGGUCAGUGCAUUGUUUGUUCCUGGCAGUCGCAGAUGAGCCCUACUCGUUCCUUUUCAGUCCGAUCAUGUCCUGUAAAACAGCUAGCUAACGGAAGAGUUCGCGUUCGGUCUCGAGGUAGACUCAUGAGGUACAUGUGUCUCGAAGGAUACACUCUUGUAGGCAACAAGUAUUCCACGUGCGUACGUGGCCAAUGGGACACACCUACUCCCGUGUGUGUGAGUGCUGGAUGCUCUAUACCACCAAAACCGGAUAAUUCAAUGAUGAUACCAAAAUUUGGAGGUGCAAUAUUAAUGUUCUUCUGCGAACCUAAUUACUCUCUGAUCGGCAGUGCCGAAAUUUAUUGCGACGGACGUCAGUGGAAUGGAACGAUUCCUUAUUGUCGAGACACUAACGCAACCACGCCGACAAAAUGCGAUUUUGAAAGCCCGGAUCUUUGCUGGUGGGAACAAGAUCCUCUGCAUGAUUUCGAUUGGACACGCCAUAAUUUUGAGACACCGAGUUUACACAUCGGCACCGGUCCGACUCACGACCAUACUCUGGGAGCCGGAAAUGACGGCCAUUAUCUUUAUAUCGAGGCAUCCGGACGAUUGGUUAACGAUACAGCGAGAAUUAUAUCUCCACUAUAUAAAUCAUCAUUGACUGAAUCUGGAUGUUUCUCGUUCUGGUAUCACAUGUUUGGUAUCUGGAUUGGAUCAUUGAAUGUAUAUUUCAAACAAGAAGAUACUGAGAAACGAGAUUUGAUAUUCACCAAAAGUGGGAAUCAAGGAAAUCGAUGGUUUCAUGGCAUUUCCGAACUACCGAAAGCUAACGCCAGCUUCCAGAUUAUCAUAGAAGGAGUGCGAGGUAACACUUACGAGAGUGAUAUUGCAAUAGAUGAUGUCGCUAUUUUACAUGGGGAUGAGUGCAUUGCUACAAACGAGUCUGCUAUCACUGUAGGUUACGAUGAUCAAAUUGAAAUAGUUAACGCGCAACAGACUUGUCGUGACAGAUGCGUUUCGUCGGAAAGCAUUGUUCCUUCCGCCCCGCCAUUUGGACCGGAGAGUUGCCUUUGCACGAUCGAUUGUGCGGAACGCUCUAUUUGCUGCCCAGAUUACGCUGAAUAUUGCAUACUGGGACAGGUUUACACAGAGUACGAAUCAUACAGUACAAUGCUCUAUAAUAGUACAAUGGAAUCGCCGAGUAAAACUUUGACGAUUGCACCGAUGAAGAAUUCCACUCUGCCGGGAUUUCUCAUUCCUAUAAAUCCAAAGGACGACAUCGACCCAGGUAUGACGACGCUGACUAUUACGCGAAGGACCACGACCACAACGCAAAGACCCACGACCACAACGCGUAGGACUACGACCACAACGGUCAAGACUCGAACCAGGAAACCCUCGUGGAAAACAACGCCUGUGAAGCCAACACAGCAGGGAACGGAGGAAACGCCUUUCAUACACCAAUUACAUUUGACAACGGUAGAACUUCUGCCUCGAUCUGAUCUGCCCGACGUGGAGCGGAGUCCGGAGAAGGUGAAACAAGGUAGAGGCAUCGAGAUACUGGAGAUCGUCAUCGCAGUGGGUGCGACUUUGUUCGUGCUCUCCGUGGCGCUUGUGAUAGCGAUUUUCGUUAUCAGGAGGAGAAAAACUUACAAGAGAGGAGCGAACGGUUCGGCGCUUUCGGAAGACAGCGAUGUCCGUUUUUUGACAUCCGACGAAAUCCUGGAUUUUAAUUUAGCCCGACCCACUGAUAACGAUGAAAUGUAGCCCAACGUUAUUAAAAUUCCUCCCUUAAACGACUUUAAAUGGAAUUAAAUUGAUCGUUCGAUUAACAAAAUUGAUUAAGCGAAUACAGCUACCUAGAAAACUCUACGAGCGGAACGAUCAUCGCUGUAUAUUGCUUUUAUUAAUUUUUUAAUCAUUUCCAAUUACGGACGCGAUACGAAACUUUCGAUUGUUUGCUCACCUUGAGGAAAUUGAAAUGUUUCUUUGAAAUAUUAAAUAAUGUAUAUUUUUAUUUCACUAUUUUAAAAACAAAAUCUCUAAUUUUAGUUUUAACUUAAUUUUUACGUUAAUAAGAAUAAUAAGUAUUAUAGCGAACGCAUUAUGCUAUUAUUAGAAGAUUACUCGAAAAGUUUAGACACUACUGUACACAUGUAUACAAUUUUAAUUUUUGCAUAUGAAGAAAAUGGAGAAUUAUUAUAUAGAGGAGAAGGUAGUAUUAUAGCUGUAACCAUUAUAGUAUAGUACCAGUAUAGUUGUAAACAUUAUGGCUACUAUUAUCUUCGUUAUUAAGUAACGAUUAUUGAUGAUCGCUUAUGAAAUCGUUUGUGUCUAUUUCCAUCAAUGUAGAUUAACUCUGAUCUCAGCUUAACUUACUCUUCAUUUUUUUCUAUUUCUUUUAGAACUAGGAAAGGUUAAAGAGUAAAUUAAACCGAAAUCAAAGUUAAUCUACAUUAGUGAAAAUAGACAUUAAUAGCCGACCGUUAUAACAAUGACGGUAAUAUGCUUUAAUACACAACUACCGACAAUUAUUAUAAAGCAUUUUUAAAGCAUUUUUUACUUUUCAGUACUUUGCAAUUUUUUUCGAGAUACAUUUUAACAUUUAAUUAUACAUUUUCACUGAUACAACCUUUUCCUCUAUUAAACCUUUAUAAUUAUUGUUCAGUAUAAAAUUAUUAUUAAUUACGAAUAAAAAAAUAAGUUAUUUUACAAAAUUCGAGAUUAUUUCAAUUCAAUCAUUAUUUACUUUUGACAAUUUUAAAAUUAUUUUAUUUCGAUAACAAUUCACUAUCAUAAUUUAUAUGUACUUUUACACGUCGAACCUCCUAAUUAUUUACUUUAAGUUAGUUUUAUUGACCAUUGUAGUGCGAUGGAUAGUGCGACCUAAUUCUUCGAUGAUGAAGCUAACACUCGAGAGAUUAACCGAUAAUAACAUUGUGCAACGUUCUAUUUGGGAAGUUAAACACGCACCUGGGAUUGAUGUCGGGCGCACCGAUUGAUUUCACUCUGCGUAUACGUCAUUGCCAAAAUAUGUAUGCCGGGGCACGUAGUUUCGCAUCUAGAGAAUCGGUCACUAGAUAGAUGGACGUUUUAAGUUGGUGUCUAGGCGCUUAGAUAAUUAUAAUACGUCCCACGAAUAACGAGAGAUAUUCGCGUCAGAGAAAAGUUUAUUGUCCGUUUACAGAUUUUCGAUAAAGAAUUUUUCUAAUUAAACACAAAGGGCCCCACGAAUGUCAGUCUAAUGAAUUAUUUAUGAAGCUACUCUGUAGUCGCGGCAUGCGGAGUUUUUGUGGUGAACUAUACAGGUUUGCGGAUGUCGUGAAACGUCGCUUUUCUCUCGGGAGAGAGUACCGAGAAAGAAUACAAAGCGAAAAGUGAAUAUCGAAUUUAGUACGUGCGUGGUCGAUUUGCUGCACGGCGCAGUUUCGGUCGCGUUUCACGUUUCUGACAUGUAUACAGGCGCAUUGUACGUAUGAUUUGGAUUAUUACGUUUAUUUACGAAGCGCCUUACGCAAGUAUAAGACGAAGUUUUUCAAAGAACACUGUAACUUUGUAUGUGAUAUUCAAAAAUUUUUACAUUUCCUUCUUCAUGCAUCAAAUAUUCUCGACAUGUAAGGCCUUUUGACAUUUCCUCAAGUAAAAUAAUAGAAACACAUUUUUUUAUUUAAAAUUAUACAGUUUGAUAUUAUUUGUUUUUUUUUCUAUUAUCUUUAAUUUUGCGCUAUUACUUGGACAUUCUGGUAUAUUUUU